AUGAAGUCUGCCAAUGCUCAAGUCCACGAAGAUUUCAAGGAGUCUGGUAUCCUGGACUCUGAUACCGAGGGUACGCCCUUUAAAGAGGCGGUGGUGGGGGAAGCCCCAGAUGGAGGACUCACUGCAUGGUUACAAGUCUUAUGCGGCCAUUUGAUUGUCUUCAAUGUCUGGGGAUACAUCAAUUCCUAUGGCAUUUUUGAGUCAUACUAUGUCACCACUUUGAACCGCAGCUCCUCGGACAUUGCCUGGGUUGGUUCACUAGAGAUCUUUUUCGUCUACUUCCUAGGAAGUUUCUCAGGCCGAGCCACGGAUGCGGGCUAUAUCCGUGCCACUUUGGCCGCUGGCCUUUUCAUGCAGUUACUAGGCGUCUUUAUGACUUCGCUGGCCACCAGCUACUGGCAGUUACUACUCUCUCAGGGUGUUUGCCAGGGUAUUGGAGAUGGGCUGCUGUUCUGUCCCAUCGUCGCUUUGAUGUCCACCUAUUUCACGAAGAAGCGCACCAUAGCCAUCUCUAUCUCCGCCUGUGGUGCGGCCACCGGUGGGCUGGUAUUUCCGGCCAUCGCACAGACUCUUCUACACCGCGUUGGCUUUGCCUGGACUGUACGCGUGAUGGGUUUUGUGCUCCUAUUUAAUGCAGGUGUUAUCCUGCUCUGUGUGCGGCAGCGCUUGCCUCCGCGUAAAUCGGGCCCUUUGAUCGAGCUUAAGGCAUUCACCGAUCUCUCUUAUACCUUCUUCGCUAUGGGGACUUUCUUCUGCUUCUGGGCCGUUUACUAUGCCUAUGACUAUGUUCGCUCGUUUGGACAGGACAUCAUUGGUGUAUCCGAUUACACCUCUUUCUCUGUCCUGAUGAUCAUGAACGGGCUGGGUUUGCCUGGCCGUCUGAUCCCGGCAUUCCUCUCGGAUCGUUACACCGGCCCUGUGAAUAUGUUCAUUCCAGUGAGCGGGUUUGCGGCUGUCUUACUGUAUUGCUGGAUUGCUAUCAACUCUUAUGGCGGCCUUAUCGCAUUUGUUAUUGUUUACGGCUUCUUUGGUGGCGGUGUGCAGAGUCUCUUCCCAUCAGCCCUGGCAAGCUUGACGGAUGAACCGAGCAAAGCCGGAGUUCGUAUUGGAAUGAUCUUCUCCAUUGUCAGUAUUGCAUCUUUGACGGGACCUCCGAUUGCAGGAGCUCUGGUCGAUAUACAUGGUGGUCGGUAUCUAUAUGCGCAGCUUUUCGGUGGCACCUCCAUGGUGCUAGGUUGUCUCCUGCUCAUUGUGGCACGAUAUUGCAAGUGCGGCAUGAAUCUCUAUCAGCGUAUGUAG